AUGUUAUUGUAUCGAUGCAAGAAGGGUUCUAUCGGUGUUAUUGACACGAACGCGUUGAUUAUAUUGUCACUGAGUUUGAUUGAGAAAUGUGCCAGACAUCACGAAUUCUUUGUGGAAGAGCGUGCUCAGCUAGUAAUCGAUAGUGUAGUGAAUGAACUGGAGAAUACGACCGUUCAAGGACAUCAGCAAAGAUGUAUUCCGUAUUUGGCGGAUUGUUUAUUGCAAAUUAUCGAUUGUCAUAACGAGAUGAUCACCGAAACGGUCAAUAAGAUCAUGUUGAAAACACGGAACACUUCACAUAAGGUUUAUAUAAAUUGUGUCGUUUGGUUCAUUUGA